AUGGCGCUUGAUAGUAAUGCACUUGUUGCACUCAUUAUCUCCCUCGUUGCGCUAGUCAUUGCGUUGGCUCAGCUCCUCGCGCAAGUUUUUGGUACCGUUGAAGGUCAUCGAAAGUGUCAAGCAUCUGUUAUGGGGAAAUGGAGCAAGAAUACCCACAGACAUUGGCGUUGGACUCAAUUUCGGUUCGAAACGCGUUUCAUUACACCAGAGAUUGUCCUUGCACCUUACCCUCUUAAAGACUCGGAGAUAAUCGCAAUAACUGGGGAAGAUAAGUCUCGUGCCGAAACAUUUGUCCCAAAAGAGGAUGAUACGACAAAUGACCCGAACGGCGAGCUGGCUUGUUGGAUACCUCUUCUGAUUGCGUUGCACGAGACCAGCGCUGCUCUGCGUCCCGAGCGACCUCUUCCACAAUCAAGUUGGCCCGCGGUUCGCAAGAGGCAACGAUCAUGGGACUUUAUGCCACCUGAUGUUGCACGUCCUUUUGCAGUCACCUCGUCAUCUGAUAUCGCGAUUCUUACUUGCCGCAUGGGAGUUGUAUGGAAAGAGUUUCGGCCUCCAGAAGGUAUCAUGGAAGGGCAAGGUAGGGAGCAUAUAUUUUCAGCAAUGAACGUUCGUGGACUUGGAACUUUACUAGGCUACACUAGGGCCUUUCAUGGAAAUAACGCGGUCUCUCGAGAUGAUAGAAAACAAUCCCUGUAUAAAAGGUGGGCGUCGAAGCGUAGAAAUAAUCCUUAUUCCGAUGCAGAGGAUGGUAAAAGAGGAUACGAGAAGCUGAAUCCUGCUCCGAUUCCCAUCGAGAUUGACCGAUGGAUAUGUACUCCAGAAGCUGAUAGUAUGUGGUUUGGCAUACUUCCAGGAAAUCAAGAGUUGUCUCUUCCCACCUUCACUGUGGGCACCAACGACGAUGCUUUUGCUACUCUCCAACGACUUGACCCUGAUGGAGUCGCAUUGCAGCAUCUUGGACAAACGCAAAGCCGGCAUCCUGGCUACCUUCAUGGUUUCUGCGAUAUUGUGCCAAUGGUCGCACCUUGGCUGCGUCAGCCAGCCUCACGAGUCAACUGCUACCCUCAACCCCUAGGACCCCAGAAUACCUUAGGAUUGACCUGGUAUUGUCCAGCGUACAGGGUCUUCUACGAUCAGCUGGUCGAAUACAACAGGCGUAAAGGCACUAUUCAGACUCGCAAGAUUGCAAAGAACUAUGAGGAUCUCAAGGAAAAAUACGGAGUCGAGUGGGACGGUAUUAGUCCGAGUUUGAUGGACCGUUCUGUGCAUUACUACGAUGACCUGGAGUCUCUUUACAAAGAUACUACCGAAUACUUCCAAGGAAUUCAACCAAGAACGAAUUAUGCGCAUAAUCAAAAAUGGAAACGGGCGCACUACAUGGAUCUUGUUACGGCCCAUCUCCGAGAAGCACCCCGAUCCUACCCAGACGCCUUAUCGGCGAUUGCGGAUGGUCGUGGUCAUAAUAUACCUACCGGUGGAGACAGAUACUGGAGGGGUGAAGCAAUGAUGUACUAUUGGUUUUACAUGCCGGACUAUGUUCGGUUCAUGACGCAGGGAAGGAACAUUGAUGCUGACCUUGUGGAGGAAGCUUGGAUCACGUUAGUCUUCCGGGCUUUUCUGUGGAUGCGUGCUCACAUACCAUGUGAGAAUUCGCACCCCCUUCCCUCUCAGUACUACGGUAGCCGAUUACCAGUUUACAUCGGCUGA